CAGCAUCCAUAGCCCAUAAACACAAAACGCUAGCUGAGACCUGCGAGUUGCAGAUUCAGAGCUUUCUCCUCGCACCCAUAUGGCGUUCACUGAGGAGACGACGCACUUGGUCCUGAACCAUGUCGAGCACUGCGAUUCGGAGGAUGGCGGUCUGGCCGGCUGGACGCCGUCUGGCUCCUGCAAACUGUCCGUGCACGAUGACCCGGCGCCGGAGACGACGACGACUCAUCCUCCUUUGUCUGCUACAGAAGACGCCGACGAGCCUAGGCCGAAGCCCAGCGGCCGGUAUGUGCUGGCGGCGCACCGCGCCGGCGAGAGGGACGGCCUCUGCCGGGAGCUCUCGCGCGCGCCGGCGUCCAAAGUCACGUACCGCGUAGCCGGGUGGGUCGGGCUGCAGGGGGCGGGGGCCGCGGGCGGUUGCUGCCACGCCGUGCACGUCGAGGUUUGCGCGGACGACGGCCGGCCAAUCGGCGGCGGCGUGGUCGUGGCGGAAGCGGGCAAAUGGGGCGAGAUCAUGGGCUCGUUCCGGGUGGACGAGCCACCGCGCUGCGCCAAGGUGUACGUUCAUGGACCGCCGACCGGUGUGGAUCUCAAGGUGAUGGACCUGCAGGUGUUCGCCGUGAACAAGAUCGCGAGGCUGAGGCAUCUGAGGAAGAAGACUGACAAGGUGCGCAAGCGUGACGUGGUCCUGAAGUUGGGCCGGCAGACGGGCGGCGCGGCCAUCCGCGUGGUGCAGGUGGAGAACAGCUUCCCCAUCGGCGCAUGCAUCAACAAGACGGCGAUCCAGAACCCGGCGUUCGUCGACUUCUUCACCAAGCACUUCGACUGGGCCGUGCUCGAGAACGAGCUAAAGUGGUACUACACCGAGGCGGUGCAGGGGCAGGUCAGCUACUCCGACGCCGACGAGCUCAUCGCCUUCUGCGACCGCCACGGCAAGCCCGUCCGCGGCCACUGCAUCUUCUGGGCCGUCGAGAACGCCGUGCAGCCGUGGGUCCGCGCUCUCAACGGCGACCAGCUCCGCGCCGCCGUGGAAGGCCGCCUCCGCAGCCUCGUGUCACGCUACGGCGGCAAGUUCCCGCAGUACGAGGUGAACAACGAGAUGCUCCAUGGCGCCUUCUUCCAGCAGAGGCUGGGCGACGACAUCAACGCGCACAUGUUCCGCGAGACGGCGCGGAUGGACCCGUCGCCGGCGCUGUUCGUGAACGACUACAACGUGGAGAGCGCCAACGACCCGAAUGCGACGCCGGAGCGGUACGUGGAGCUGAUCACGGACCUGCAGAAGCGCGGCGCGGCGGUGGGCGGCAUCGGCGUGCAGGGGCACGUGACGCACCCGGUGGGCGACGUGAUCUGCGACGCGCUGGACAAGCUGGCGGUGACGGGGCUCCCCGUGUGGAUCACGGAGCUGGACGCGUCGGCGGCGGACGAGGCGGUGCGCGCCGACGACCUGGAGAUCGUGCUCCGGGAGGCGUUCGCGCACCCGGCCGUGGAGGGCAUCAUGCUGUGGGGGUUCAUGCAGGGCAACAUGUGGCGCUCCCAUGCCCACCUCGUCGACGCCGACGGGAAGCUCAACCAGGCCGGCCACCGCUACGUGGGUCUCCGGCAGGAGUGGACGUCGCACGCGCGUGGCCAAGUCGACGGCAGCGGCCACUUCAAGUUCAGGGGCUUCCACGGCAAGUACGUGGUGCAGCUCACGACCGGCGCCGGCGAGAUGAAGCACCAGCAGUUCGACGUCGGCAAGGGGGACGGCACACUCGUGCUCGACAUGGACCUCUAGCCAGCCAACUCCAUCAUCGGUGAUUCAUACAUAGAACGGUACGUGCAGUGUAUUGCAUAUACGGAUUGGGAUUGGGAUUAUUCUUAGAUCAGAUAUAUGAUGUCAUUUUUAUGUUGUGAUUAGACCGGGCGUGUGGUAAUCAAGAUCGUAAAAAAUGUAUUGGAUUUGUUAACUAUAUGGAUUUGCAGUAAAUAAACAACCAAUUUAUAGUAGUA